UCAGCUGUUAUACCCUGAAAGUGGCAAUGAAGCUUUUCAAGCCAUCAAGCCCUAAACCCUAGGACGAAGAUACUGACCAAAAAAGUGUGUAAUGGCGUGCAAUUCGUCGACCUGCAGUUCAUCCGGUUGCUACAAGGAGUACAAGGAAGAAGAACAUCAUAAGCCGAAGACGAGAGCGGCGGUAAAUGGGGGCGACAGUCGCCAAAACCUCUGCGUGAAGUGCAAGUCCAGCGAAUCCGUUUGCUGCGGGAUCGGUGGCGAGGAUUCCAGAUUUUGUAAGGAUUGCUUUAAGAACAAUCUCUAUGGAAAGUUCAAGCAGGCUGUUACUUAUAACGCCAUGAUUACUCCUCCUGAUAAAGUUCUCGUUGCUUUUUCUGGUGGACCAUCCUCAAGGGUACUUUUACAAUUUGUUCAUGAGAUGCUAUAUAGAGCGCGGAAGAAUUAUGAUGCUAGUAAAGAUAAGUCAUUGCCGGUCUUCGGCGUAGGAGUUGCAUUUAUUGAUGAAAGUUCCAUUCAUUCAUUUCCUUCUCAACAAAUCGAGAAGGCAAUUGGGGAUAUAAGAUCGAUUGUGUUGAAUUUAGGCCCACCAUCAAAAGAGUUGUUUGUUGUUCCGAUUGAGAAUAUUUUCGCUUCGUUUGGUAUUGAUUGUAAGGAGAGAUUGAAGAAGUUAUUGGAUGCUCUUGAUGAUGUUACUGGGAAAGAAGAUCUUCUCAUUCAUUUACGGAUGUUGUCCUUGCAAAAGAUUGCUUCUGAAAAUGGGUACACUAGAGUUGUGCUAGGAUCCUGCACUUCGAGGAUUGCUUGCCAUGUCAUUUCUGCCACAGUAAAGGGUCAGGGCUAUUCUUUGUCAGCUGACAUACAGUACGUCGAUUCAAGAUGGGAGAUUCCUGUCGUGCUUCCACUUCGUGAUUGUCCUGCACAAGAGCUCAACACCCUUUGCAGCCUUGAUAGUCUGAAGAUAGUGGAGUUGCUUAACGGUCCAUGCUCCGGCAUCAAUGGCUUGGUAUCAUCAUUUGUUAAAGUGCUGCAGGAAGAAAAUCCUUCUCGAGAGUGCACAAUUGUACGAACAGCUGGGAAGCUCACUCCAUUUCACUUCAACGCGAUUCCAGAAAUCGAUGACUCUAAUGUUCCUUCGGCAACCCGUAGACAUCACAGGAGACAUGGUCUCAAAUCGAAUGCAUCUCUUUCUUCAGAGUUGUUUUGCCCUAUUUGCAAUAGUCCGCUCAAAAAAUCAAACUCGUCAAGUUUGACAAAUGAAAGUCCACAAACUUCGGAUCUUUUUGUUGCUGCUUGUUCAAGUUGCCAGUUUCAGAUACUUCCUAAAGACCCCUCAUUAACAGAGCAGUUUGUUUCCCUCUUACCUCAGCCAAUUAUUGCCAGAGCAAAGCAUUGCGAUAGAGGCAAUGCCAGUUCGCUAAGGGAGCAAAUACAAGAUUUUUUGCUGUCAGACGACGACGACGAAAUUUAAAUGAAUCCUAGUCGUUCGUAGGGUUGUAACCAUUUUUCUCUGUAGGUUCUUUACUGCUUUUUGGGUUACUAUUGCAAUUUGCAUGGCUAGGAAGUCCGAAGAGGAUUUAGCGGUUGCUGGCAAAAACCUCCGAUAAUGUUACUUGCUAGUUACUGCUGUAUGGUUAGCCAGCAUGUAUUAUGGUGCAAGGACAACCACGCCUGCAUAAUCGUUUGAU